GACCGUAAAGUAAAGCUUACCGGUUGUUCUAAGUUGCCGCUCGCUGUCGCCAAUAAAGAGAGUGCAGAUUUAUGGGGUGUCAUGGAUUGUUCGUUCGUAACAGAAUCGCAGGGGGCUAUUCGGCUCCUACUGCAUGCACUCGGUUCGGGACCAAAUGGGUCAAUGGCUGCACUUCAGGUUAUCCAUAAUUUCCUUGGUCGUUUUCCGUGGUGGAAUUUAACGGAGAUGCUGUGUAGGCAAGAGCCUGUUCUGGAAGGACCAAAUAGAAGUCUGACUCUGAAGCCUGCACUCAUUCAUUUACCAAUUCUGUCCCAAAGAAACUUCUUCAACUUCUUAAACUUUGCAACAUCACAGGUGCCAACCUCCUGUGUCCGUCUUCUGGCAAAUGCUAUCAUUCUCAUGGGAGACUGUUCAGAUGCUUGGCUGCACUCCCUCAGCAGGCAGCUAUUUGCAGAAACUGAGAUGCUGACCCCAAGUGUUAACCAACGGGUUAUGGAAAGUUUGCAUGUGUUUUGCAAGGAAUUAAAGCAACAUACAGAUGGCCACACCAAGUUAGGAUGGUAUAAACAGUCCUGCAUCACAGCUCAGCGAAAGCGCAAGGCAUCUUGUAGUGAGGAAAUGCUCUUAGAGGGGGAGAGAGGGCAUAGUGUCAAGAGGACGUGUACCCAGGAGUUAUAUGUGGACCUGCCAAGAUUGAGCUUUCCACAGGAGGAGCAAAGAGUGUUAACUCAAGACGAAGAAGUGGUGACAGAGGGGCUACCUGAACACUUAAAGUUUCUUAUCCCCAGGAUGAAGGAAAUACUCCAUGGAGAUUUGGACACAGAGUCAUGGGAUGAUUCAUUCCAGGCAGAUCUGAAGAAGAUUUGUGAGUCGUGCAGCCCAGUACAGCUGCAAACCGUGUUUACCUCCCUGAAAAUCUCACAGAUCUCCCCACAGUCUAUAAUGCGGCUCUGCAGUCACCUCCUCACAUUGUCCCCAGAUCUGAGUUAUGCCCAAUCAUCUGCCUUGGCCAAAAGCAUCUUCCUUGAAAAGGUACUCUUCCUCACUGCACCGGCCCCACGACCUAUCCUUGCUGCUCUCUCCAUGUUCUGUACAAAGUAUGCACAGUCGGUGUGCAGCACGUUAAUAGGCCCACUAUUACUACAAGCUGAGAAUGGCUCUGUGCACACAGAUUUCCUUUGUCGAAUGAUGUCUGAGUGUUUCCAAUUAGAGCAUCUGCCUCUGUGUUUUCGUCCUGUUUUAGACGUACCGUGUUCUGAAGGAUCAAUCUGUGUUUUACAUGUGCUCCUGGAGAGGCAGGUCAUUAUGAGUCCGUCAGAUUUUGAACUCCUCCUUCUCUGGAUGUGCCCUGUUGCAGAAAAGUUUUCCAGAUCUGUCAUCUUGUCUAAAUUGUUGCUGAAUAUCAUGAGCCAACAUCAGAGUCAGAUUUUGUCGCCUCACCUUGAACUUUUAACUACUGCAGUUACUGCUAACCAAACUUUCUUGAAAAAGUCUCUGCAAGGAGCUCUGAACAGACUGCGGGAAACUGUUACAUUGUAACAGCAGAAUUCAAGAUUUUUCACAUUUCAAGAAACCAUUGAGGAC